AUGACCUUGGAGGAUUUUGAGAAGUCACUAGCGGAAGACCAGGACCGACGUCGCGAAAGAAGCGACAAGGACCGGCGCCAUCGAGACCGCGAUCGUGAUCGCGAUCGUAGCAAAGACCGUUCGAGCCGUCAUCACCAUCGGUCCAGCCACCACCACCGACAGCAUUCUUCUCGAUCCCGCGAACGUGACAAUAGACGUGAUCGUGAGUCUCGACACCGCGAUGACGACGGUCACAGACAUAAGCGUUCACGUCAUGAAGACGACCAUGACCACUCGUAUAAGCGCCGACACCGACAAGACAAAGAGGAUGAACCAUCGGCACCCAAGACUAUCGUUCAGGAGGUGUCAAGCGCCCUGAAGCGAGACUCCUGGAUGGAAGCGCCCUCCGCAAUCGAUAUCGAAUACGUCCAUCGCCCAGACUCCAAGCGCGUGGAAGAAUCUACAAAGCCGAAGAUGCUCCAAGCGGGCUUUGAGCUCAAGAUUCACGAUAAGGAGCUCAACAACCACCUUCGUGACCUCAAAGACGGGAAAGCACUCGAUGAUAUUGAAGAAGAGCCCGCGCAGCACGAGGUGGAUUACACAUUUGGAGACUCGGGAUCUCAAUGGAGAAUGACCAAGCUCAAAGGCGUGUACAGGGAGGCUAAAGAAAGCGGUAAAUCCUUGGAACAGGUUGCCGUGGAGCGACUUGGCGAUCUCCGCUCUUUUGAUGACGCUCGAGAAGAGGAAACCGAGCUGGAUCGCCGCAAGACGUAUGGCCAGUCAUAUGUGGGUAAGGAGAAGCCCAGCGGAGAGUUAUUCCAGGAGAGAAAGCUUAAGAAUGCGGUCCACCGAGACCCGCAUGAGCAUGUUCGUGACCCUGCAGAGGAGCUUAGGGCAGAGGGUCAAGGCAAGGUCAUGGAUACGGAGGCUCCUUCUAACACGACGAAGCUUCUCGACCAGACAGCAUUGAACCGUCUCAAGGCCCAACUAAUGAAGGCAAAAUUAAAAGGAGCCGCCAACGCAGCUGAGCUUGAAGAGCAAUACAACAGUGCCGCGGCUGCGGCCAUGUCCAACCGCAGUGAAUCGGACGUCGUCGUGCUCGGUGUUCAACAAAACCGCAUGCUCGCUGGCUCAAGAAAUGAGGUCAAGCCGGUCGAUACUAAGCGUGGCCGUGAAAGAGGCUUAGUGGAGGACAACGAGGAUAUGAGCAUUGAGGACAUGGUUCGAGAAGAACGCAAAACCCGGGGACAAGCCGGGGGUGAAGGCGCACGGCUUGCUGAGCGUAUCGCGAAAGAUGGCAAGUUUGAGAACGACUUGGAGUAUAUGGACGACCAGGCUUCCAAAUUGGCCAAACGAGUACAUCGAUCUGAGAUCGACAUCAAAAGCGCCACAAUCAAUGAUUUCCGUAAGAUGAACCGCAUCUUGGAUAAUUGUCAGCUCUGCCACCACGAAGAUACAAACACUCCCCCAGUCGCGCCCGUCGUCUCCCUCGCAACCAGAGUCUACCUCACACUUCCCACUGAGCCUGAAAUCAGCGAGGGAGGAGCAACCAUCGUGCCCAUUCAGCACAGAACGAAUCUGUUGGAGUGCGAUGACGAUGAAUGGGAGGAGAUCCGCAACUUCAUGAAGAGCCUAACACGCAUGUACCACGACCAAGGCCGUGAUGUUAUCUUCUACGAGAAUGCCGCCCAACCACAGCGCAAGCGCCAUGCAUCUAUGGAAGUGGUCCCUCUACCUUACAGUCUUGGAGAGACAUCACCUGCAUUCUUCAAGGAAGCAAUUCUAAGUGCCGAGUCGGAGUGGUCACAGCAUCGCAAACUUAUCGACACGUUGGCAAAGUCCAAGCAAGGGCUCGGCAGAAAUGCAUUCCGCCGGACUUUGGUGAAAGAAAUGCCCUACUUCCAUGUCUGGUUUGAGCUUGACGGAGGUCUAGGCCAUAUCGUUGAGGACGAGCACCGUUGGCCUCGCGGUGACCUCUUUGCGCGCGAGGUCAUCGGCGGCAUGCUCGACGUUGCCCCUGAUGUUAUCAAGCGACAGGGCCGCUGGAGUCGUGGUGGGGAUCGAAGAGUGGAUGGGUUCAAAAAACGAUGGAGGAAAUUUGACUGGACUCGUAUCUUAGUCGAAGGAUAA